AUGAUCCCUGCUGAUACAGCUUCUUCUUCUGCUCUCUACGGUAGGUCUUUCGUAUUACCAUGUCACACUGCACACCAUCCGCUUCCUUUCCGUGUCUGAAAGAACAAGUAGCAAAUCUGCACUUGAACCCGUUUGGCGGCGAAGUCGGAGGACAGCAGUGAGCGUCGCGGUCUGCGUCUCCCCACUCGCCUUAUCAAUCAUCAGCCUGGCUAAAACCCCAUCAUUUAUCACUAGCCGCCAUCUCUGCGAUGUUCUCUGCCCGACUCGAGUCUCCCCGCUAUCUCCGCUCUUCCAGCUCUCGACGCGCCCCGAAUUUCAUUCAUUCAUAUAUUAUAAUAUCACUCUCGACACUCUGUCCUCUCUCUUCACUCUGCUCCAUCCCACUCCACCUCUACACUCUGUCCGUCGCGAUGUCUGCUCCCUCUCGAGUUCGGCGUGCUCCUCGGACGCCUUCUCAGCCUGCCUCUCCAGCUUUUCCUCUGAAGCUCGACGCUAUUUUCAUCGCAUUUUUAUCCCGGCAGCGGCAAUGGCGGCAGCGUGUGUAUGUGUGAGGCCCAUGCACACCAUGCAGAGCCACCAGCACCAGCCUUCCGACACAAUUCAUCCGAUGCUGCCUUCUUAUUCUUGAAUGCGCAAAAAAAGAAAGGAAAGAGGAAGAGAGGGACGGACGGACCUAAUCAAUCAAACCGCACGGACUGACGCGGCCCCGCUCGGAGAAUGAGCACUUUCUUGAUGCGCCCCGUUUACUUUCGACUUUUGGUCUUUUCCAUUCCUAUUUCUUGUUUUCCUCAAUACCCUUUGUCACGUUACAGCGAACCGCUAUAAACAUGUCUGAUGUCAUGAUGAAAGUGAUUACAAGUUGAUUUACGAGACUCUGAAUCGUGCAGAUCCCUCGCGUCCACCUCCCUCCCCAUCCUCCCUGUCGCGUCUGUUCGACAGUAGGAAUAACAACAAAAGCGACGGCUCCUCCUCUCCCUCCUUUUCCUAUUUUGUAUCGUCCUCGUUCCCGCCCCUUUUCCGUGCUUCUACUUUUGAGACGCGCUCCUUUUUUGUCGCCUUUCUUUCGUCCGCAUCCUUCGCAUGUAAAUGAACUCAUGCAUACAAUAUCACCGGACUGACACAGCCUCCGUCAAGCCUGUCUCUCGUGCCCAAUCGUAGCGUUGCCUUAUUUUGACCAAGUGUUCAAUAAUUUUCACCUUCUUCUUUCUUGCAGUUGGCCCAAAAAACCACAUACCGCGUUCAGAAAUUUCGAAGCGCAAGUGGGCAUCCGAGGAAUGUUAUAUAGGUGAGUCGACACUCUCUUUUGUAGCCCCCUCCCCCUUCUCAUAGCUUCGAUUCUCUCACCCCAUACAAAACAAUCGUGGCAUUCUGUUCGAUGCAUCCCAGCUAUACACUUUUCUCGACUGUUAUUUCCUGCUCAGGUGAAAAACGACCACGGUCUCAAAUCCAUCCUAAUCAUCUCAACAACCUCCAAGAAGGACAAGCGGCCCAGCACCAACAACGUGCUCCUCUACCACCACUCCCACCUCCGACUGCUGUGAACGCAGCGGAACAGCACUAUCUGCAAGUGGCCAUGAUGAACGCGUGCACAAAGUUCAGUGACAAUUACGAUGUGAAGGAAGAGCUCGGAAAGUGAGUUCUACUGCUAUUUACACCUAUUUGUUACGGGUUGGCUGGCGAGGGAAAUGAGAGCCCAUCUGCAUUCUGUUUUGGCACUAGUCUGUUUUCCGUUUUCAGCCAUUGCUGACUCCUUUAUCUUCUAAUUAAUCUCUCGCGAGACUCGUUUCCGUUCUUGCUCUCUCUGCCUCUCUGUGUCCGCUUUACAUGCGAUUAGAAGACGGCAGAGCGGAUGGGCAAAGCAUCUGGUUUCCUAGGAAACAAAACAACUUUCAGCUCGAGCAAACUUAUUUUCAGAGGUGCCUUUUCGGUGGUUCGACGAUGCGUCCAUAAGACCACAGGGCUCGAGUUCGCUGCCAAAAUAAUUAACACAAAGAAAUUGUCUGCCAGGGACUUCCAAAAGCUCGAGAGAGAGGCCAGAAUAUGCAGAAAGCUCCAGCACCCGAAUAUUGGUGAGUCUAUACAGAUUAACCCAGACCAAACUCUUUUUCAUACAGUGCGGUUACACGACAGCAUCCAGGAAGAGUCGUUCCACUAUCUGGUUUUUGAUCUGUAAGUUCCUUCUGCCAGUCGUGCACCAUCAUAACUAUUGUUGUGUUCAGCGUUACCGGUGGAGAACUGUUCGAAGACAUUGUGGCCCGCGAGUUCUACUCUGAAGCAGACGCUAGGUACGCUCCCUCAUCCCCUUAAUCUCCUUUCUUUCUGACGGCUUUUUCUCUUUCUAGUUGCUGCAUUUCUCAAAUCUUAGACGGUGUAAACUACUGUCAUCAGCGCGGAAUCGUGCAUAGAGACAUGAAGGUCUGAGAAGGUGUUGACUGACGUGCUUUCUGCAUUACUCUUGGUCUAACGUUUUCUUUGGAGAUUAUCCCUCUAACAAUCUUGUCGUUGUCCGUUUUCGAUUGCCGUUCUUUCAGUCACUGCAUUCAACAAAUUCUCGAGUCGAUUGCUUAUUGCCACGCUAACGGUAUUGUUCACCGAGACUUGAAGGUUUGUUCUGGAGUUCCUGACUCGUGUUGUUCACUGCAACUCACUAUUUCUCGAGUUAAUAAACUGUUCGUUUUCAGCCCGAAAAUCUCCUUCUCGCCUCGAAAGCAAAGGGGGCCGCGGUGAAAUUGGCAGAUUUCGGGCUGGCUAUCGAAGUGAACGACAGCGAGGCGUGGCACGGCUUUGCGGGAACUCCGGGCUACUUGUCGCCAGAAGUCCUCAAGAAGGACCCGUACUCGAAGCCCGUUGACAUCUGGGCUUGCGGAGUCAUCUUGUACAUUCUUCUCGUCGGAUAUCCGCCAUUCUGGGAUGAGGACCAGCACCGCCUCUAUGCCCAGAUCAAAGCUGGAGCCUAUGACGUGAGACAAUCUUUCCAUUUCACUCUCUCAUCCGUCACAUUAUUUCAGUAUCCGAGUCCGGAAUGGGACACAGUCACUCCAGAGGCCAAGAGCCUUAUCGACAGCAUGCUGACUGUCAAUCCGAAGAAGCGUAUCACAGCCGAUCAGGCCCUCAAGGUCCCAUGGAUCUGCGUAAGUCAAUCGCGCCGUCUUCACUCUGAGAUCCGUUGCAUUUCAGAACCGCGAACGUGUUGCAUCGGCGAUCCACAGACAGGAUACUGUCGACUGCUUGAAGAAGUUCAAUGCUCGGAGAAAGCUGAAGGUACGUCCGCUUCAGCCGCUUUCCAGUCGGUCUCCGCUCACAACUCUUUUUUUUUCUUGUCACCUAAAUCUUGCCGAGUCGGCGAUCGUCUCAAUCUGAAUCGAUCGUCGGCUGGGAAUCAUCCUUCGAUAGUUGCGCGAACGAAUAUUUCGGUUAUUCCUAAUCAUCUGAAACCCUCUUUUUGAUUUAAUUUUUUGAAUUAGUUAGAGAAAUUUGCAUGCUGGUCGAAACAUUAUCGGACAGUAAUCGAUACUUACUCAAUCUCAUAUCUUAUUCAUAUUAUUAUCAUUAGUAGCUGAGUUUGAUAAUGUGUCGUGGUUUUUUUGAGAGUGCGAGCAUAACUUUGGUUCCCUGCGCGCUUAAAAAUAUUUCAGGAUGACUGUAGCCAGAAUGAGCGUGAUUGAGUCUGAAAAAAGUGAAAAAGUGGAACAAUCGGCGCCGCGCGUGCAUGCCCGUUCCGUGUCGUUCGUUGUCUUGUUCUCAUGCUCUGAUCGGCCCCUCUCCUUCUUCUUCUUCUUCUUCUUACUCUUCUUCUCUGCACCUCCACGUGUCGUUUGCUCUUUCUCUCUGUCCUUUUCUAUUCUUGUGAAUGUUGUAGAGUGAAACUGUCCAAGAAACCCAGCAGAAUGCUUCCAUGUUUCCAUUUUUCAUCCAUCCUGCCAAUUCAUCUUUCUAUCUUUCUCUCUACUCGUUUUUUCUGCAUAUUAGGCGGCAAUAUCGGCGGUCAAGAUGGUUACCAGAAUGUCGGGGGUGCUCCGUACCUCCGACUCGACAGGAUCAGUUGCGUCAAACGGAUCGACGACGCACGACGCAUCCCAAGUGGCCGGCACAUCGUCACAACCGACCAGUCCCGCCGCCGAGGUAUACCCCGAUCCCCCCGUUCCCAGAGCCCCGUGUUUCCUGCUCCCCAAGUUGCCCUCCCUUUCACCCUCUUGUUUGGAGUGAGCCACACACCUCUCACAUUCCGUUUUCUGACAAUAAUCCAAGCAGGAGCCCCCCGUGUCAAUGACCCUUUGUCAUUUUCUCGUCCGGCUCCCCGCAAUCACUUUUAACAACAGUUUGCGUCCCUAACUUUAACCUCCUUUACCAACCAACCAGUCACCACAACCAGCACCGUUUCGUUUCCUGCGGUUCCAUAGCUGACAUGUGUGUUAGACAUUUGCUAACCAGUAGCGUUUUGAAGUGGCAAAGACUCGCUUUUUUAUGACGAAAACAUACGUGGACAUUGCGAAAGAAAGAGAGAUGUCCUGAAUUUUACCGAAUUUUUUUCUCUCAACUUUUAGAGAAUGGAUUUCCCGCUCGGAGUUUGUUUUUCGGUUCUUGAGUUGAUCGGUUAGAAAUCCUAAUGCAUGUGUCUCUGCGGACCGUCCAAUCUUCCAGUUUCUGUCUUCUCAGAUCUGAUUCCCGUUUCCUCCCAAUCACUGCAUGCCUCCGUCUGUCCAUAGUGUGCCGUGUUCGUUGUCCGUGACUCCAUGGCGCUUGCGAAUAUCUCUACGUGGAGACGCGAACUUCAGAUCAUUCUCAGUUGACCCCGUCUAAGUCUCCGAACAACUCGAAAUGCCCCAUCCUCUUCUUUUACUUUUCAUUCUAUCAUUUAUUUGUUUCAACCAAUUCUUUCCCUCAUAUUCAACCAACAGCUCUAUCCCUCAGUUUCUUUUCUUUUCCGUCUUUUCAUCAACAACUGCAAGAAGACCGAGAUUCAAAAAAUAAGAGAAAAAUUCGGUAAAAUUCCGGAGUUCUCCGUGUUCCAGUGUUCCUAACCGCGCUUUUUCAUACUCUUAUCGAUACAUAACACGCUGAAUCGCAGCCCUCUACAUCACAAAAGAUCAAUAGAGUCUCACAGAAUUCAUCCGCUUUUCAUUUAUUUUUUCUUUUUUGGGAGGCACUUCACACUUGUCGGGAUGCAACAACAACCAGAACCGUUCCACCCGAAAAUAAUACGUUUUCCGUUUUCAGGGCGCCAUCCUCACCACAAUGAUCGCCACGCGCAACCUCUCGAGUAAGUUCCGAGCGGGCCAUGCAUUCCUCUGAGGCACCAGAACAGUUCAGUAGGUUCAAGUUAUGACGUGGCACGAGAGGGGAAAAAGAGCGAGGGUUGUAGAUGAAGGAAAACUCGAAAGAUUUUCACAAGUGUCUCAUAUUUUAUUUACGUGUUCCUGAACUCGUGCGGAUUUCCAUAAAAAAAUUAGAGUGACGGUUCCGCUAAUGCGGAUCUUUUCUUCCAUCCCCGAAUGACACGGAAGGCCCAAUGCUUUGAGUGCUCUUGCUCUUCAGAGCUCUCUCACCUGGCAGAUUUGAUAGUCAUUUGUCAUAACGAGAUUAGUAGAGAAGUCUAUGAAUCGGAGGACUUAUCUAAUCCUUCGAACCAAUUGGCUUCUUCUUCUUCUUCUUAUUCUCCUUCUCCUUCUUUUCCUUCUUCAUCCGUUUCCUCUCGAUCUCGCAAAUACUCAUCUCCUGGCAGAGCUCUCGAGAUCCAUUGGCGCUGCUGCGAGAGCCGUCGGCACAGAGGCCACAAAUCUUUACACAAACCGGCGCCGUAUCAUCAAGCGAAGAAAUCAACACGAGUGAGACUCGAAUUUAUUGAUUGGCCAGCCGAUGGACAGUGGAUAGUCUUCAGUCUCGUUUCUGCCCUAUUCCCUUUUAUGGGCCAAGUAUUUGCACACCUUUCGUAUUCAUCUUCGUCUUCCCUUCGUUCGCGCUGCCGCCCUUCGUAAGAUGAGCAGUACCUAUGAGCCGCAUGGAUCGAGUACUACGAAGAAAAUUGCGAAUGCGAUAGCCGAGCUGGUCAGCCGACGAGCCUCGCCGUCCAUCCGCAGAAAGACCGAGGCGGAUGUGAUCAAUGCGACUCGCGGCAGAAAGGUGUCGGCUCCGGGCAACUUGCAACAUGCUCUCGUGCCCGUCAUCGACGUGGUCGUGGCCACUGGAGCAAUUGCCAGUGUUUCAAAUGAGAACAUUGCGUCGGUUACGAACAAAGAUUCAGGUGGGUUUGAGAGUGAGUCAUAGACUGCACCUUUCGUAGUUUUCCGAAUUGUCAGGGCUUCUCUUAUCUAAACGUGAUUGAAUUGGUCUGUUUGUUGGCAUAAAAAAAAAGAAUACGGUGAUUCAUGUCAUGUAGAAUCAACAAAAGAUCGGCCAAACUUGGGGCUAGUCAAGUAGCUAUUUAGAAAUGCAUGGAUUCAAACCUCUGUCUCGUUUUCUAUUUAUGUGAGAUCGAAUGUCUGUCUGCGUUUCAGAGCACGUGCAGCCACAGUUGCCAUGAGCACAUUUUAUAAAAGUGUUCGGAAGAGAAGACGGCCGCUUCUGCCUCUUCUAUCCGGUUACCUUGGUGACUGGCGCCGCGGUUUCUUCCAGUCGGCGUCUCUUCGUCUGCUCCACUGACUGCUCAUUAUUAUUCGCUGUGGGCUCACUCUGCUCGCGGCUGCCACACCUUUUCUCAUACAUAGUCGACGGUGCUGUGUACAUGAUACUCGGGCCGCUCUCGGCGUCUCCCCGCCCGUUAAGGCGAUGAACGACCACGGCAACCGCGACGCUUAGCCGCGACGCAUUGUCACACUUCGCGGGCAGCCGCGACUGCCUUAUCUUAUCAGUACAAGGCCGAUUCAUUCAUGUUUUUUGACUGAACACCUCCGUCGUUCUCGGUCUGCCUCUCUAUCUGCAAUCAACAUGGACGGUCUGUUGGCGCGUCUCAAACUGGGCAGCAAACGAAAGAAGAAGGCGACAGUGAAGAAAGGCAGGCCGGAAAGCUCCCGGCAGAAAGACAUUGGCUCUCUUUGCUCGGAUCUUGCCGGCUCUUCUUCUACGGUAUCCGCGGUUUCCUCUCCCGUAGAACCCAACGUCCUACUCACUAAAAUACAACAAGUGGAGGAUACUAAACUCGAGAAGAAGCCGGAGGACGGUGAGUGUAGGUGGGUGGGGAAAGGGAUACGUCGGUCGUUCAACAGAAACUCUUGAACGAACGUGAACUUUUGCGAAGAUCGCCAGUAAUAGAUGGCGGAAAUCGAGGCUGCGAGCAAAUAUUUUCAUGGCUCGGUUGCCUUCCUUCUUCGCGAGCGGCACGUGCUCUCUGUGGGAUCCCAUCGGGAGGUGCUCUUACACACCCGCACACUCGGCCAGAGAAAACAAAUACACACGUUGAUUCCGUUGCUCGGAUGCCUUGGCCAAGGUCCGAUGUUCGUAUCCGCCGUGCUUGAAUCGGUUGUCAACUUGGCCGUCUUCUCCCUCGCUGUUUUUCUGUGCGCAAUCUUCUGGACUUCUUCUCCCAGGGUGGCCGCUUCCGAUGAUAAAGAAACUGGUGUGUCGGGUGGAAGGAGCUCCUCCGUCGUGUCUCCCAACGGGAUAAAAACAUUAGGAUGUCUAAAUCUGCGACAGAGACGCCGUCGCGUGUAUCUGAUUACAUUUCGGCGUCGUCGGUCGACAGCCUCGCCCUUUUCGAUUCUUCUCCAAAACCAUUGGGCGUCAAAAUAAACCGAAAAACACGUUGUUCCGAUUAGCGAUCGAUCAGGGAAAAGAGAGAAAUUUAUGUGUGAUGUUUCAUGUUGGCUAUGUUUGCCUUUGAUUUUUUCGAUUUGUGUAAAAUCGAAACGAAUCCAACUGUAUUAUUGCCAAAAUAGACAAUUGACACUUGAUGAACUUCCUGCGCUUUAGCGGAAAGUGUGAGUCGGGACGGGUAGUGAGCACAGUUCUGGUGCCUUAGAGGAAGUAGACGUCGUCGUAACGCUGUUCGUAUAUGUCUAUUGAUAUUUUUGAAGAUUUAGGCCGCAAUCUACUCAACAAGAAGGAGCAAGGACCUCCUUCGACCAUCAAGGAAUCAUCGGAAUCCUCGCAGACCAUCGACGACAACGACUCGGAAAAAGGUAACGAGUGACUCACAUCUUUGUGUUUUAUUAAUCGUUUCUCUUUACUUCAUUUAUUUUUCUCUCUUUCUGUACCCAUAAAUAGCAAUCACACGUAAUUUAUAGUCAGCUCUCCGAGCAGCCAUAAUCCAAUCAAUGUUUUACAUUCUAAGUUUUCUAAACUGAUUCAUUUUUCUUUCUCUCUCGGACCCAAUAUAAUUUCAUUUUGAGUUUAGCUAGUUAGACCCUCUUCAGUGGGGCUCGAACAAUCCGGAGAGAAUCAGCCGGCACGCACCUCCCGCAUCCUCUCACCUGCUCCCCUGUCUGUGUCCUCCCGAUGUCCUUGUCCCUGCUUUGAAUGUCUCUCUUUGUCUAUAUCUCUUAUUUCCGUACUCUCUCUCUCUCUCUCUCUCUCUCUCUCUCUCUCUCUCUCUCUUUCUCUCUCUUUCUCUCUCACUCAAUCAAUCAAAUAACCAGAACUUCCUAAUAAAUGUUUAUGUGUGCGUGCGAUCCGAGAUGUUGCCAUCACUGAAAAUUACAAAAAAAGACAGUGCAUCUAUGAAGAAUUGAAUGAAAACAACCAAAGACAGAUGAGAACACAAACUUGCAGGGAGCUUGCUUUGCUCUUUCUCUCGUUUCUCUCCUUUCACCCACUUUUCUCCUCUAUACUUCUCAUCUGUCUUCUUUACGGAUGCACUGUUUCUUUUGUGGCACCACAAACUCCCCCUCUGAUCGUAUCGCACACGUACCCGCUUCGGCAGGGACCGAGCGUUUUGUGGCAGGUCGCGGAGCAUGGUCCAACAUGACUUCUGUGAGCUUUUCGGUAUAUUUCCAGGCGUCAGCCGCAUGAUUGCAUGUGUUCCUACGUUUCUGAUUAUUUCCGAAAAGUGAACGAAGAAGGUCUGUCGGUCGGCGCUCCGAGUGUUGCCCAGAACUCUCGUCUCUUCUCUUUCCAACUAUCUUUCUUUCUCUUACUCUCUUUCGCUGGUGCUCAGGUGGCGGACAGCUGAAACACGAGAACACGGUGGUCCGAGCCGACGGAGCUGCCGGAAUUGUCUCCUCGUCGAACUCGUCCACAGCCAGCAAAUCAUCGUCGACCAAUCUGUCAGGUAGGGCCCUCAUCCUCCUCGGUAUGCUAACUAACCCGGACCGUCGUGACUUGAGUGGCAUGCUCGCAACCGUAACUCCCACAUGCUCUGCAGCACCGCUUUCACCUUUUCACCCAUCGACUCUCCUUUUUCGGAUUGAAACUUGAUUUCGGUUCUCCAGUUUUGAUGAAUCUCUAAAGAAAGAGCAUCGAUGGCUGAGAGCGAAAGUCUUUCCUUGAUACUUGCUAUCUUUUCUCGGAUCUAGAGAAGACGAAGAAUGCUUUCCCACGUCUUCGCUCCAUCUGAGUCUCUUGCGGGACGUGCUCUGCGUCUCUCGGCCCAUGAAGACUUAUCGAUAUUCCGAGGUAGACUUGCAAGAGGGAAAGCAGCAGUCGGCCGCCCGCAGUGCUCAUUUCGCUGCGGUUCUUCUCUUCGCCGCCCGUUCUUCUUUUCUUUCUUUCCAUUGACUACUACUCCUAGUUAUUACCAUCCUCCUCCCCCCUGUUCUCCAUUUUUCUCCACAUGGUUGUUGGAGCCGUUCCGAGAUGAGUAGUGGUAAGGAGACGAAAAUGUUUCUCGGCAUGGAUGAUAUAUAUGAACCACACACGCACCCCUGUUUUUCGGAAUGAGAGUGUGGUGACGUGACGGACCAUUCCGAGUUAUCUCCGUUCUCUGUUUUCAGCGCAAAAGCAGGAAAUCGUGCGGGUCACUCAGACACUUUUAGAUGCCAUCUCAUGCAAGGAUUUCGACACUUACACGUGAGUCAUUCGUCUUGUUAGAUGCAAUAAUUAAUUCGUUUAUUGACCGUUAAAAGAAGGGAAGACCAGAAGGCAAUAUGGCUGUAAGAUGAAUAGGAAAGAAAGGGAACCAACCCCACAAGAGGAGGGCGCCCUUGGUAGCGGGUAGAGAAUAGUGCGACAUUACUAGUCGAGUUAAUAUUUGACAAUAGAAUCAUCUACGAGUGAUUGAAAUUGAGAGGGGGAUAGGAAGGAAUUACAAUUUUUGAUUAUAGCAUUCCAAAGGGGGACAGUGUUACUGAAGAAAUUAAGAGAGUGGGGGAGGCAUAAGUGAGUAACAUGGGGCGUCGCUGUGAGGAGGCAAAACGUAAGAAUUGAGUUAAUACAUAUUUUUGAAAUUCAGGAAACUAUGCGACUCCUCGAUGACAUGCUUUGAGCCGGAAGCACUCGGAAACCUCAUCGAGGGAAUCGAAUUCCACCGUUUUUACUUUGAUGGUAGGUCUUCGCAUCUUAACUAAUCUUCUAUUGGAUUCCGACUGAUUCAAUUAUAAUCCCUGCUUCGUUUGCAGGCAAUCGAAAGAACCAAGUUCACACGACGAUGCUCAAUCCGAAUGUGCACAUAAUCGGAGAAGACGCGGCCUGCAUCGCCUAUGUCAAGUUGACACAAUUCCUCGACAGGUCAGUUGAUCCUUGUUUUGAGAAAACAAAAGAAGAAGAAGAAGACUAAGGGCGAGUGUAGCAGUAGCAAACAAACACAUUUGUAACAUGAUAGGGCCUUCGAGAGUUCGCCUGACAAGGAUUACUUAGCAUGGGCGCGUACGUGACGAGAAAGAGAAAGAAAAAGAGGUAGCGAGGGAUCAUUGAACCAGUCGUAGUUGAUGAAUUUCUGAAUGAUAGGUAGAAUCGGCGAUGAGAGUGAGAAAUGAGCUGCGGAGAAUGCUAAUAAAUAUUUGACGAGGGUGAAUGUUUUCAGAAACGGAGAGGCUCACACCCGACAGUCGCAGGAGUCGCGCGUGUGGUCGAAGAAGCAGGGCCGCUGGCUGUGCAUCCACGUGCACCGAUCCACCCAACCGUCGGGCAACACGACCGUCUCGGAGUUCUAG